AUGACCUUCUUUGGGAUUUCCAAUUCCAAUCCAAAAUCCUUCUGGGUUGCUGGAGCUUUUCUCUUUGUCAUCAUACUCACCCUCAUCUUGAAGAAACUAGCCGACCACCUCGUAUCCAAGAACAAAAACAAAAGAUCAUCUUCCAAAGUCGUGCAGGUGGCUGUCAGGGUCGACGGCGAUCGGAAAUCGUCCGCCGGCGCCGGCGCCGAGGUUAUAUCGGGGAGUGGUUAUAGUAUUUGUUACCCGGAGGGCGCCGCCAUAAGAACGUACGCGUUGGAGGAGCUGAAAACGGCGACGAGGGAUUUCAGUAAGCGGAUUGGGGUGGGGGCCACCUCGUACGUUUAUCUUGCCCACCUCGGAGACGGCAGACUCGGCGCCGUGAAACGGGUCAUGGAAGAACGCGGCGGCAGCAGCAAGAUGUUUUUGGAUGAAGUGUCGGUUUUGCUUAGGAUAUCGCACCCGAAUUUGGUCGGCUUGAUGGGCUUCUGCUUAGAAAGAGGAGAACAGCUCUUACUAUUGGAGUAUAUCCCAAACAAGAGCCUCUUUGACCGGAUGCACACCGUCCACGGCCAGGCCUCCGGCGCACUGUCCUGGACAAGCCGCCUAAACAUCGCCGUCGACAUCGCCCGGGCCCUCGACUAUCUCCACUCCGUGGCCGACCCUCCGGUCAUCCACCGUGACGUCAAGUCCUCCAACAUUCUCCUGGUCGACGAAGACCAUGCCAAGCUGGCGGAUUUCGGGCUGUGCAAGCUGGGCAGUGACGCCGUAAGCGCUAGCACGCCCACCGCGAUAAAGGGCUCGCUGGGGUACGUGGACACGUACUAUCUCAACACGGGGCUCGUGUCCCCGAAGAGCGACGUGUACAGUUUCGGGGUGUUGCUGCUGGAGCUCAUAACGGGGCUUAAGUCCACUCAGGGAUCCGCCACGCUGGCGGAGUGGACCGCGGACUGCCGGGUUACCGGCAACGUGGAGGCGUUGGCGGGAAUGCUGGACCCGAAACUCGACGCCGGCGAGGUGAACUUGGAGCAAUUGCGGGUGUUGGUGGAAGUGGCUAACGCGGCUUUGCUGGAAAACUCCGACGCCCGCCCGGACAUGUCGCAGAUAGUUUACAAGAUUUCCAGUUGUACCGGCGGUCCUAUGGCCACGCCAGAGUUGCCCGUUUGA